UCCUCAGAGCAGAGGGGAAAAUGUCAGAGCAAGAGGUACAGCUCCCCUGACCUGGAUCAUCAGAUACACUUGAUCUGCACUGAGAAGGGUGAAGGUGUGGGUUAGCUGCCCUCUUGAGCUGCCUUUUAGCCUUCAGGAUUUAAGAAAUACUUCAGUAAUUGCCUCGUAAUGUUCUAAAGCCUGGCUUUGGCUGGCAGCCUUGCCUGGCACCCUUCGUAUAACUUGAUCUUCUAAACAAACCUCCAAAUGUCACAAGUGAGCACAUGAAACAAGGCUGGCUGUCCCCUUGCCUUGUUCCACAGAGCCCACAGUAGGCUGAAAGCUGCAAAAUAAGCCUGGAAAGCAGGAGAACCCCAAUCCAUCUCAGCCCUUGAGAACUGGGUAAGGCCUGAAGAGUCCUGUGUAGCUUGCGGUGGCUUUGUUGUUUGUCCCAAGAGUUGUUUGUGGCUUGGUCAGUUGUCCUGUUUUGCUUUCUCUGAGCUGGGUGAGAUUGGGGAUGGAGGCCCAUCUCCAGCUGCAGGGGGACACUGAGGUGGCUGGGGCUGCCCUUCCCUCAUUGUGUGCCUCCAGACAGCCAGGCAGAUGCCGGAGUGCUCGGGGUGGUGCCGCUGGUUCAGUCACAACAAGCGGACCUCCUCGCUGUGCUGUGCUGCAGCUGACACGGUGGCUUGCCUGGUGAAUCAUAAGUGAGUGCUGCUGAGAGCUUUUUGCAGACAGCACAACAUUAGCCCCACUCCUUGGACAAGCUCCAGCUUGGGCGAUUCCACUCGGACACUUUAAAUGCUCCCUGUCAUCUUUGCCAGGCGCAAGACUCUGCUCUUCUGCCUGUGAGCUCUUGGAGACUUGUGGGGAGCUGUAAAACAGCUGCUACUUUCACUCUCUGGUUGUUUUCUGGCUGGAUGUAGGGGAUUUGUCUGUAGAGCCUGACUGGGGGACUGUGAAAGAGGCUCUGUUAACGCCAAGCAAUGAUUUGCCAGUAAGGGUUGGCUUUUUUUUUCCCAUCAGCCCCUCAACUCUGCUGGCUGCUGAGGGCUGAUGUGAGACAUAGGGGCUGCUGAGCUGUCAUGGGUAAUACCACCAGCGAGCGAGUGUCCGGGGAGCGCCAUGUCUCCAAGUCCCACCGCUCGGACGGCUCCGGUGCCUCCCACCCCACCAAGGAGCACCCGCACAAGAUCAUGGUGGGCAGCACUGAUGACCCCAGUGUUUUCAGCUCCCAUGACUCCAAGAUUCCUGGGGACAAGGAGUUUGUGUCAUGGCAGCCAGAUCUAGAGGAGUCAGUGAAACCAUCCCAACAGGCUCGUCCAACUGUCAUCCGCUGGGCUGAUGGAGGCAAAGAGGUCUUCAUCUCUGGAUCCUUCAACAACUGGAGCACCAAGAUCCCACUCAUCAAGAGCCACAACGACUUCGUUGCUAUCCUGGAUCUCCCAGAAGGAGAGCACCAGUACAAAUUUUUUGUGGAUGGCCAGUGGGUCCACGACCCAUCUGAGCCCGUGGUCACCAGCCAGAUGGGGACGAUUAACAACCUAAUCCACGUCAAGAAGUCUGACUUCGAGGUGUUCGAUGCACUGAAGGUGGAUUCCCUGGAGAGCUCAGAAACCUCAGGUCGGGACUUAUCAAGCUCACCACCUGGACCUUACGGCCAGGAGAUGUACGUAUACCGGCCUGAGGAGCGCUUCAAAUCCCCACCCAUCCUCCCGCCUCACCUCCUCCAGGUCAUCCUGAACAAGGACACCAAUAUCUCGUGUGACCCAGCACUCCUGCCUGAACCCAACCACGUCAUGCUCAAUCACCUCUACGCGCUCUCCAUCAAGGACGGCGUGAUGGUGCUCAGCGCCACGCACCGCUACAAGAAGAAGUACGUCACCACGCUGCUGUACAAGCCCAUCUGAGCCAGGGCCUCGCCCACCCUCCACGCAGGACACGAAACGCCGCUUUGUCUGCACACACUGGGCCACGGGACUGUGUGAGAACUGGCCGCUGGCUCCAGCCUCAAACCUGGCAGGGACACAGGCCCUGGCGAUGAGCCCGGGGCCACUGGGGCCUGUGACACUGUCUCAUCCUACUGGCGUGGUUUGAUUUAGCCCUUGGUUUCCGCCCACCUGCAGCUCCCCUAGGCUUCUGUGAGUCUCUGGGACCACUUUGCUGCUCACCAGAACAGCCUUUUCUCACGCCCAACACGGAAAGGGCUUCACCCUGCCUGUCUUCUCCGGCCUGCAAGGGCCCCAAGGUGAUCCUAGCACUGCCCUCAGCCCAGGCCUCCAGGAACGUGUCCUACCUGCUGAAGGUUGCUCUGCUGUCUUGGUCUUGAGUUUCCAAAGGCCACCAUGAUCACGAGGGGCUCUGUGACACUCCAGCCUGCUACCUGCCCCGUCCCACAGCCCUGGCUAUGGGGCUGUCCCCCAGCUUUGAGGAGGGCUCUCAGCUCUGCCAGGUUCAGCAUCGAGCCAGCAGGGUGGAAGGUUCAGCCAGACACAGCCACGCUUACCUGCCGCUGGGACAGCACCGUCAAGGACUGACUGCUCUGUCCCCAGCACUCAGUGCUUCUAUGGGACAGAGCUGACUUCAUCUCAGCCAGAGGGGCACUGGCACAUGCCCACGCUGAAGGGUCUGGGGAGAGCAGAGCCGGGCAGGCACCCCAGGACCCUGGCUGCACCGCCUGCUGCCGCAGCAGUGCCACGGGACAGGGAUUUCUCUAUUUAUUACAGUAUUUAUUGUUCUCG